AUGGUCGAAUCUAUAUCCGCUGGCGCUCCGAUCGCCGAAGACAAUAUUAUCAACCGCCGUGGUGGUGAAUCCAUCUACCAGAGCUGUGUGAAUUUGAAGAAACGGUUGGCAGAGGUUCCGAAUUUCGAACAACAUAUGCUGGAGAUGGAAGCGAAUGACAAGGCGCAAGCAAACACAGACCCCGUGGCUUCGCUAUGGAAUUGCCUCCGAAAUGGCUACCCGCUGCUCACCAUCUACAACGCUUCCGUCCCCCAAGAGUAUCUCGAAGUCGAUCCCGCCAAGGUCCCCGAGGCCAAACGACCCAAAGCUGCUACCUUCAAAUUCCUUCAGGCCUCUCUGCAAGAGCUGGCCUUCCCACAACAGGAAUGUUUCCUCAUCACCGAUCUGUAUGGCGACAGCACCACCGGUUUCAUCAAGGUGAUCAGGAUGGUCAAUCGGGUGUUGGAUAUACUGGAGAUGCAGGGACAACUGAAGCGACCAUCAGAGGUAUCCAGCGCGCCGGAGAAAGGAGGAAUGGGUGUGAAGCUCACCAAGCGGCAACAUAUUCUCAAGGAACUGUUGGAAACCGAGCGUGAUUACGUCCAUCAUCUCCAGAAUCUGCAGGCGUUGAAGAAGGAACUUGAGGAGACCGGUGCUCUCACAGGUGAUUCUAGCCAUCAAAUUUUCCUGAAUUUGAACAACCUUUUGGAUUUCGCGCAACGAUUUCUGAUUCGUAUGGAACAACACUACGCCUUGCCUGACGAUGCGCAGAAUUGGGGCGAACUUUUCAAACAGCACAAAGAAGCUUUCCAGCAGUACGAGCCGUUCAUCGCCAACCAAAUGCGCUGUGACGACCUUUGCGUGAAAGAAUGGGACAGGAUCCAUAACGCACCACGUCCCUUGGACCUGCAACAGAUGGUGGCGCAACCAUCAACGCUGAACGGUUUCUUUGUCAAGCCUUUCCAGCGGUUAACCAAAUACCCUCUGAUGCUCACGGAACUGCGCAAGCAAACCGACAAUCCGGACCUUCGGGACGAUAUUACUCAAGCAAUCGACGAUAUUCAAACUGUUCUGGAUGCCGCCAAUGAUGCGAUCGACAAAGAGCACCUUGCCACUGCCGUCAUGGAACUUGCUGAGCGAGUCGAUGACUGGAAGUCCCUCAAAGUAGACUCAUUUGGUGAGCUACUCCGGUUCGGUACAUUCACGGUCGUCAAAGGCGACACCGGCAAGGAUUCAGAGAGAGAGUAUCACAUUUAUCUUUUCGAGCGGAUUCUCCUGUGUUGCAAGGAUAUCAAUCCAAAUAAACAAAAGAAGCUCAUUCCAGGAAAAGAAAAAAUCGCCUCCACCAUUAGGGGGAAACCGCGCCUACAGUUGAAAGGACGUAUUUAUAUGGCCAACGUGACGGAUAUUGUCUGCAUGCGGAGGCCAGGUGCUUAUCGCAUUCAGAUUUUCUGGAAGGGUGAUCCCGGAGUGGUUGAUAAUUUCUCGAUCCGCUACCAAAAUGAGGACAUGCUGAACAAAUGGCACAAGGAUAUCGACCACCAACGGCUAGUUCAACAACGUAACGCCCGAAGCACAGGUACUUCCGAAACCGAGUUCAUGUACAUGAAGGGUGUGUCCCAAAUGCCAAACCCAUACCAGCAAGAAUACGAUGCAGAAGAGAAAGAGGCUGGAUUCUUCUCCGAAUUCCCAAUGAGCCGGAAUGCCUCGAGCACUAGUCUCAGGACACGAUCGGCAACAGGAGGAAGUGGCGGCUCCGGUCGACCUACACGAUAUCCGAUCCCCGAAGCAAAUCUUUCGGUGCACACCCAGAUGUCUGGAAGCAGCAUGUCCAUGUCGCCAGGAGAGAGGAACAUGAAUUCCUACUUUUCCCCUGUGGCGGAGACACCAUCGACAAGGUCGAGCUCCCAGUCUGCCGGGUUCCCGUAUAACCGACAGCCAUCGAACAACUGGAACGAACAGGAACCCAAUCGAUAUACGGCGCCGGCGAUGUCUCGUGCUACCUCUAGGGAUGGCAGCCACAUGAAUGGAUAUUUCAAUGCCCCGACCACCGAUGGACGCGGCACCCAGCGCCCGUCGUUACCACCCAUGACUCAGCAUGCAGCGAACGGGUUGGCAUCCCAAAGGAUGCGCUCUGCUAGCAGCCCCGACAUUCAUAACCACCCCGAACCGCGUCGGUACAUUCAUACCAUGCAGACGGUGGACAACGUACCCGUGCCGCCGAUCCCCGCUCACAUGGCCAACAUGAAGGCACCAGUCAACCGGAGUCAAGCCAACUCACCUACAGGGCAGAACCUUCCAAUUCGAAACGCAAACCAUUCACCAGCAACUCACUUCCACGAGCCUCAAUAUUCUGAGUCUCGGGGCAACCCGGCCUCUGACCAACCUACUUCGCCGCUGAGUCAGGAACCCGGCUCGCCACUGAUGCCAACCCAACUGAAGGCGAAGGUGAACUUUGACGACAAUUACGUGACACUGGUGAUCGCGAGUAACAUCAUGUUCCGUUCAUUGACGGAUCGGGUGGAUGCCAAAUUGGCCCGGUUCACGAAUCGAUCGAUUGGUAACAAGACCGUCCGGCUACGGUACCGAGACGAGGAUGGAGACUUUGUCACGAUCGAUAGCGACGAGGCCGUACAAUUAGCAUUCCAGGAAUGGCGGGAGCAGCAUCGCGACAUGCUCUCCAAAGGUCAGGUGGGAGAGAUUCAACUUUACUGUCAAGUGAUUGAUAAUUAG